AUGUCAUCGCCAGCCAUCUUACUCCCGAGCGAGGAGAUUCCCUCAGAGUACCUCCCGUCUACUACAUCCGCUCCUUUGAGGCUUGGACCAGGUGUGCGUCUCCUCUCAAAGCCAAAGCCUAAGUCAUCCUCGUCUUCAUCUGCCAGCCAUGUCAUUACUGCAACGCAAGCUGGUUUGCUGUCUGCAGACCUCAAAAGGAACACAGUGUCGAUCCUCUCAUUCCCCGGCCGCCGCUAUAUCCCCACCCAUAACGACCUCGUGAUUGCGCAGAUUCACCAUUCCAGUCCCGAUUAUUUCCAUUGCAUAAUUAGCCCGCAGACCUCCCAUGCUCUGUUGGGACAACUUGCAUUUGAAGGAGCCACGAAGAAAACAAGACCGAUGCUGAAGCCUGGAGAUCUCGUUUACGCUCGUGUAUUAUCAGUUGGGGUCGGUGCGGGCGCAGAGGUCGAGUUAACAUGUGUAAAUCCUGCAACUGGCAAGGCUGAACCUGGGGGCUUGGGGCCUUUAGUCGGUGGAAUGGUCUUUGACGUCUCAACCGGAAUGGCUUCGAGAUUAAUGGAAGCCAGUUCAUCUAAUAAGGACCAAGAGGAUGGAGCUGCAGGGCUUGUGAUCCUGGAGGAACUUGGGAGGAAAUUGGAGAGCAUAGGAGGUUUCGAGAUCGCGGUAGGGCGAAAUGGCAAGGUCUGGGUAGACUGCUCGAAUGGCGGAGGCGCUGCUGUCAGGGCAACAGUAGCCAUAGGACGAUGUCUCAAGGAGACGGAGGAGCAUAACCUGAGCCCGGCAGAUCAAAGGAAGCUGGUGUCGAGAAUCUUACGAGAAACGAAAAUAGAUGCUUAA